AUAUAUAUCUUUGCUUCUUCUUAGUCUUCAUUCUCCGACUCCUUGUUUUGCUAACUAAACCGAAACCCAAGCUGAAGUGGCAAGGCCCGCUGAAAUCCGAAAACAAGAAAACAAAUUUCCCAACCAGUUUUCCCUCUCUUUCUCGCCGGAGCACUGAACGAGAAGGAGAGAUACAUUUCUUUGCAGCGAUCUGGCUUUUUUCUUUGAUGGCUACCUGCCAUUUUGCAGUGUUCUUAUAGUAUCUCGUUUUUAGAUUAGGCGGAAAGUGGAAGAUGCAGAAGUGCAGAUGGAGGGCGGUGGUGGUUUUGCGAAAGUUUCUAACUUUCGCGAUAUGCGCAAUUACGAUGAUGGCUUUGCUCUCUGUACACGUGCAGGUAUUCCCUUCCUCCAGAGCUCCUGACUUACCUGAUCCUUACAAGCUUCCCACUACUACCACUCAGCAGCUUGAUGUCAAUAAAUACUCAAUAUUGAGCACUGAACAAGAACAAAGCUGGAGAAGAGAUCGAACUCACAGCCAUUUGUCCAAACCACCUCUUUCUUCCCGCAAGUUGGAUGGUGCGAGGAGGAAUUCGGAUUCCAAGCUAUGGAAGCCUCCAUCAAAUCGUGAUUAUUUGCCAUGUGUGGAGCCUGGUCCUAACUAUACAUCUCCUGGGGAGUCAGAAGGUUACCUUCUAGUUCAUACAAAUGGUGGGCUCAACCAGAUGCGUGCUGGGAUUUGUGAUAUGGUAGCUGUUGCCCGAAUAAUAAAUGCCACUCUUGUUGUUCCAGAACUGGAUAAAAGGUCGUUUUGGCAAGACACUAGCAACUUUUCAGAUGUGUUUGAUGAAGAUCAUUUUAUCAAUGCACUAGCGAGUGAUGUAAAAAUCAUAAAAAGGCUGCCUAAGGAAAUGGCCAAUGCUUCCAAAAUAAUCAAGCAUUUUAGAAGCUGGUCUGGUAUGGACUACUACCAAGGAGAGAUAGCAAGCAUGUGGAAAACUUAUCGGGUCAUUCGAGCGGCCAAGUCUGACUCUCGUUUGGCAAACAAUAAUCUCCCUCCAAAUAUUCAGAAGCUGCGAUGUCGUGCUUGUUAUGAAGCCCUUCGUUUUGCACCUCGAAUUGAAGAGAUGGGAAAAAUGUUGGUGGAGCGGAUGAGGUCAUAUGGUCCAUACAUUGCUUUACAUUUAAGAUAUGAAAAGGACAUGCUUGCUUUUAGUGGAUGUACAUAUGGUUUAUCUAGUGCCGAAGCUGAUGAAUUGAAGAAAAUCAGAGAAGAAACUGCAUAUUGGAAAGUAAAGGAGAUUGACUCUAGGGAGCAGAGAUCCAAAGGUUACUGUCCUCUCAUUCCAAAGGAGGUUGCUAUGUUUCUCACCGCACUUGGAUACCCCUCAAACACCCCCAUAUACAUUGCUGCAGGAGAGAUAUAUGGAGGUGAUUCUCGCAUGGCCGACUUGCAAUCCCGCUAUCCCAUUUUAAAGAGCAAGUUAUCAUCUUUGAUUACUUUGCAGGAAAAAUUGGCAUCUGUUGAGGAGCUUGAACCAUUCAUUAAUCAUGCAUCUCAAAUGGCUGCGCUUGACUAUAUUGUGUCCAUUGAAAGUGAUGUGUUUAUUCCAUCAUAUUCUGGAAACAUGGCAAGGGCAGUUGAAGGUCACCGUCGCUUUUUGGGGCAUAGAAAAACAAUUUCUCCUGAUAGGAAACAGCUUGUUCAUUUGUUUGACAAAAUUGAUCGGGGAAAACUGAAAGAAGGUGAAAGUUUAUCAACAAAAAUAAUUGAAAUCCACAAAAGACGGCAAGGAUCCCCAAGGAGGAGAAAAGGUCCCAUAUCAGGAACAAAGGGCAUGGAGAGGUUUCGUUCUGAAGAAGCCUUUUAUGUAAAUCCGUUGCCAGAUUGUUUGUGUCAGAGGCAUUCACCAAAUUCAAACAUCUCUCUCAUGAUCAAGUAAUUUGGGUGUGGAAGAAUAACUCCCUUGGGAUAAAAAAAUCCCCGUGAUGGCUGGAUACUAACAAUUUGACAAGUCGGUAUCUGUGGAAGGUUUUACAAACUGGUUGUGCCUUUAGGAGUUGGGAAUACGGAAUUUGUACAUCUUGAGUUUAGAUAGAGGGAUAAAAUAUUGGAGAUAUAGAUGAAAGAUUAUUUGCAGAAUGCAGUUGGCUGCGAGGAAGAACGGGCCAAGGGGAUUGGGGGGGGGGGGGGGGGUGAGGGAGGGUGGAAUACCUGAAACCAGGACUUGCAUCUGUCAAGGAAUGUAGCAAGUGCUCGGACAUAAUGGCAAAAAAUCCAUAUUCUGUGUAAGGGAUUCAUUGCGGAUGCGAUGCUUGUGCCAAUCUCGGAAAAUGAUGUUUCUUCUCUUCCCCCUCUUUUUAUUUAUUUGUUUUGAUGUAUCUAUCUAUUCAUGGCUUUCAAUUCAAUAAAAUGAAAUAUUUACUUAAAAAAAUAUAUAUUAGGAAAUC